GAAGUGCCGUUAGAUGAAACGAAUGCAGAUACUCACAAUGGCCGGGCUCUAAAUUCUGAGAGCGUAUGUGGAGGCAGUUUUGAGCCCGGGUUAGAACAGGCUGGGAAAGGUGUUAAAAAUAAGCCUAAUGUAUCGUCUUUUAAUCUAAAUUCAAGUACUGAGAAUGUCCUGGGUGGAUUGGAUAUGAUUUCAGGCCGUUUGGAACGAAGAUUGACAGGAAUCAACAUCUUCCUGCUACUUCAAAAAGGUCUAGACGGCACACAAAACAGGCUGAAGGUCGAUUCAAGUGAUACUGUGACAAGAAAUAAUAUCAGAAAACGCUUUUGUAGAUUGAAAUCUAACUUAGACUUGCCUGGGUCUGGAAAAGAAAAUCCGAACCUCAUAACUGACACAAGUGUAGAAAAUUCGAAAAACAUUGGGAAUGCAGCCAAAGGCGAUCGUGCAGGCGGUCUUCACCAGCGCCAAACAUCUCAUCAACCCUUUCGCCAUCUCUGUAGAAAUGGAAGGUCGGCGUGCAACGAAUGUGUUGAUUUUGAUUUGCUGAAAGAUUUCUGUGAGAUUGUCAUCACUCUCUGCAGAGAUAAGGUUACCUGA